AUGUUUACCUGCCAUUUAAGUGGUGCCAACGAUGUGUUGAAAAUUUUAAACGACAAUGACGGUGGUGGCGCGAUGCCCUACACUGACGUACAUCAGGACCCAUUGGAAUUCCUUCGUCGGUGGUCCUACUUCCAGGCGCUGUGGAGAUCAGCCCUGUCCGGAACUCCCCUGCCAGAACCUCUGAAGGAAAGAGGAUCUCCAGGAGCCCUUUCACAUCCGCGACAUUGCUCUCCCACUAUUUCACAAUGUUCCACAUCACCAGUGUCAUCAUUAGCAAAUUCAACCUCCACAAAUCGCAGCUUCCGCACCUAUCAGCCUGUCUGCCUGCGUCUGCUAACACGACGCGCAGUUCGAGGCUACGUUGCCCGUGCUGAAAUGACACGUCGUCAUGGCGCAUCAGCAGCAUUGACACCGCCUCUAACAGUCCCAGCAUUGCAAAGAUUCCUGGGUUACUUCCACAGCCUUCAUCACAUGCUGGGCGCGCCAUUGCCGCCAGCUCUUCAAGUCCUUGUGUCCACCGCAACUAACAUUAUGGACGGCAAUAGUUCAACUUUGCGGAGCAGUGAGGACGCCACUUCACCCCCUGAACUGCUCAUCCGAAGCUGA